CAAAUAAUAUUGACAAUAAAGCAUAUUAAAUUUGUGUUGAGUGACAAAGGUAUUUAUUCACUUUUUGACAUGUUUUUUUAUAUUGCAAGUUAUCCCAAUAGCAGUAUAUUUUUGCAUAGAACACAAGGUCUUUUAUUGUAGAUCAGCCAACACAAACUCAAUAACGGAAAGGGCCCAAGAAUGAAUAUUGUCAUUGUUGAAUGAAUCAAAACUUAUUGUUAUAUCAAUAAGAUACAUGAAAUCUAAAUAUUCUCAGGGGCCUUUGCUGGAGUUUUUUCAAGAUGUUCUAUACACCCCUGUUUGUUGUAAUAAAUAGAGAAAAUAUUAACUUGACAAGCACAUUUAAUGCUGGCUUACCAAAUUUAAACCUGCUGUUACCCAGGUAUAUUAAAUAACAUAUAAUUGUUAAUAAUAUUUCUUUUUCUAGUAACUGCUGCCUAAACUUUAUUCUAAUUUGUUCUUUAGUUCAAGAGAGGAUAUGCAUGAAUAAACCUAGCUCAUACCAGUUUCUAUUUUCUGCUCUGUGUAAUUUCAUUUUUAUGCUUGCAAUGCCAAAAGAUUGAUGGAACAUAUCUUGUAUGGAAAGAAUUAAAGAUUUCUCUCAAAUAUUUUUAACUAACUGCAACUGAUAUUGACCUAAAGACAUCUGAUACUGUAACAUGCUUCAAGAAACUUGAAUAGCUUGAAUUGCCACAAGAAUUGAAAAUUAGGAAUUCAUUAUCUAGUGAAAUAGAGCAACUUUAUCACUGUCAAACUUUAUUUGUUCUUAUUUGCUGAUGAUAAAUCAUCAGCUAGAAAAAUGUUGGUGUCAGUAUCCUAUUAAGCAAAAUCUCAAUUAUGCUUUAGUGUUCAUCCGAACAUCGACUGACUGAUAAUUAUUUACAAAAGUGCGUAUUGAUAUAGAAAACUGGCAAACUUAAUUAAGAGUUAUACAAAGGAAAAGAUACCCUCGAUAGUUAACAAUGGUGUGAUGGAUUAGGUUAAAAUGAUGUGUAAUUAGCAAAGAGAAAGAUGAAUAUAGAAUUACGUAGGUAUGCAGAAGAAGCAAUGAUGGAUUGUAUAAAAUGGCCUAAAUUGAAUCACUACAAUGCAAAUCUCAAUUUCAACAUUUGUGCAUCCCUGGAAGUCCUGGAAUAUAUCUUUAGUUUUAAUGGGUUAAUAAAUGAGGAUUGAAAAGCAGUUUUGGCAUUCUUUAAGAGUUGUCAGUAUUUCAAAUCAUCUGUUUCAAAGAUAAAAAGAUUCCCCUGGGCUAAUGGAAGCACCCAUAUUUUGCUACCAUUACAUAUUACACUAUCAAUAAAUGCACAUUGUUUUUAUUGAUAAUAGAGAAAGUUGAUAAUUCAUUUAUUGCAUGUAGAGUCCCUUUGGUGCCAAGUAUUGCUAAAAGGGGCUGUUUCACCAAUAAGCAGAGGUGUUAAUGAAUAUGGGACUAGAAUAAACUGCAAACAUUUGAAACACAUGUUUCUUGACAAAUGGAACCGCUUUGAUAGACAAAAAUACAUUUCAUUUCUUUCAGUUCAUUUCUUUUUUAAAAAUCCAUACAUACAAAUCUUAUAAAAUACAGCAACAGGUUACAAAAGAUGAAAUAAACUACAUACAAUAAGAGAAAUAGAGAACAAGAAAAACAAAUAUAGAUAAUUUUACAAAAACGAAGGAGAUUUGUAUGCAGGAAUUUCUUAAAGGAGGAGCUCUCUCAAUAGAUAGACUAAUCGAGGGGAGAACACCUCCUGUGGUAAAAAUCUAUUAAUUUAGUAUUUACACCACAGGCUGCCCAGGAGGGAGCAAUGGAAACUGCCACACAAUGCAGGUUAUCAUUAAUCCAGUUUUUGGACCAAAAAUCUUGUUUUCACAUAAGCAUUUGCAUAACAGAUAAGCCCCUCUGCUCACUCAAAUAGGCGUCCCUUUAUAUUUUACGAUACACAUUUUAUUAUGAUACAAAUUUUAUUUAUUAUUAUUUUUUAUGGAUAUUUUUAAUAAAAGAUUUUAGGGGUUCAUGAAAGAACAACCUAUACAAGAUUUUAGAACAUGAGAACAAUAAUACUACGAUGCUGCUGCCGCGGAUUUACUUCCUUGUUGUCUCAAGAAUUUCUAAAUGGCGCAUGCGUCAAAGUUUUUCAAAACAUGGACUGACUGACUGACUGAGGAUCAUGUUUGACUUCAGGCGGGAAAAUGCUUGCAGAAUUCGAAAAGGCUUGUUGUCGCAAGCUUCUGGAUUUGCUCAGUGAUGAAGAGCUGAAAGGCCUAAGCCAAACAGUGACUCAAAAUUCAAUUCACGUUUCAUCAAGAACAGAAGCUAUAGAGGCUAUCCUUCAGUAUUCAGAAUCAGCACAUGAGUUGCUUCAUCGACAAAAGUUGAAAAAGGAUCACUUAAAAGCAUACGCAGUCAAGUAUGGUGAACAGUCAUGGGGGCCGUUAAUCGUAAAGUCAGACAAAGCAACUAUUGUUAAGCUGCUGACUGAUUCAUGGAAAUAUCCUCCAGAUCAGACCGUGGAAAAGAAAGAAGAAUCAACGUAUCGAGAAGACGAAAAAGAAUCACAAAAAAUCGCUACCUCAUUUGUCAAUUGGUUUUACAAUAUUUUGAACUCUACACAAGCAUUACCAGAUAGUAAAAACUGGGGACCUCAGCAUUUCUGGAAUGAUGCCAAACUAGAAUUUACAAUAGACAGACCAGAUGGAACGUCUUGCGAUGAAGUUGUAGGGGCUGAUGAGGUAAGCCGUACCCUAGCGUUGUUCGUGUCAAAUUUCAAGGGUCUUUUCAAUCCAAAUAUGAGCUCAGAAGGAGUCCGCAGUGAGAUGAGUCAUCAUGGCUUAUUAGCAGUUAAAAGUGCUGGAACAAUUCACAAGAGCUCUUCUGUCGUUGGUUUAUACGAGCAAACAUUUGGUUUGAUUCAAGAUCCGUUGACGGGUGGAAAUUGGAAGAUUAAAAAUACAAAAUUGCAAAUUAAACUGAAUUCAUGUUUGUCGAAUGCUCUCAGCUAUAGUUAGAAUUUUUGAUUCCAACGAUAAAAAGCUCUUAUAUGCUCGCUAAGAUAAAUCAAGUUGCUGAUAUUAGCUAAAGUAAUACUAAAUCGUGUUGAUUUUGUGUAUUAGCAAUGUGAAAUAAUAGAAGUUUUAUUUAUUAGAUAUGGUA